CUCCCCAGCCCCCUCCCAUCAGGCCCACCCCACCCACCACCCCUGGCGCAGGGACUGCUGGAACCUGGCGGUGCGCACUGUCGCUUUAAGACAGACACUGCCGGCGCGGUCCGGAGCCUUAGAAACCGGCCCCGGAUCGGGAGCCUGAGCCGAAGUCGGGGCCGGACGGGCGGCUGAGGCCCGAGCGGCGGGAGCGCAGUGCGGAGCGCGGAGCCAGGCGCCCGGUCGCGAAAAUCCGCCGCCGCCCGUCCGGCCCCGCAGCCCCGGGCAGUCCAUGGAGCGGGCGCGGCGUCGCUGCGGGCGCGGGCAGCCCUGGGGGGCAGCCGCUUAGGCGCCACGCUCUUGUCCCCGCAGGUCGCAGCCUGGGCGGUCGGGCGCGCCCAGCUCCGGCCCCCGGAGCGCCCGCCGCGGUCCCCACCUCCAUGGACGCCUUCAAGGGGGGCAUGAGCCUGGAGCGGCUGCCGGAGGGGCUCCGGCCGCCACCACCGCCACCGCAUGACAUGGGGCCCACCUUCCAUCUGACCCGCGCCGCAGACCCCCGCGAGCCGCUCGAGAACUCUGCCAGCGAGUCGUCGGACACGGAGCUGCCAGAGAAGGAGCGCGGCGGGGAAGCCAAGGGGCCCGAAGACAGUGGCGCGGGCGGCGCGGGCUGUGGAGGCGCUGAGGACCCAGCCAAAAAGAAAAAACAGCGGCGGCAACGCACGCACUUCACAAGCCAACAGUUGCAGGAGCUAGAGGCCACGUUCCAGAGGAACCGCUACCCGGACAUGAGCAUGAGGGAGGAGAUCGCCGUGUGGACCAACCUCACCGAGCCUCGUGUGCGGGUCUGGUUCAAGAACAGGCGAGCCAAGUGGCGAAAGCGCGAGCGUAACCAGCAGCUGGACCUGUGCAAGGGCGGAUACGUGCCACAGUUCAGCGGCUUGGUGCAGCCCUACGAGGACGUGUACGCCGCCGGCUACUCCUACAACAACUGGGCCGCCAAGAGCCUGGCACCAGCGCCGCUGUCCACUAAGAGCUUCACUUUUUUCAACUCCAUGAGCCCGCUGUCAUCGCAGUCCAUGUUCUCGGCACCCAGCUCCAUCUCCUCCAUGACCAUGCCGUCCAGCAUGGGCCCGGGCGCCGUGCCCGGCAUGCCCAACUCGGGCCUCAACAACAUCAACAACCUCACCGGCUCCUCGCUUAACUCGGCCAUGUCACCGGGCGCCUGCCCGUACGGCACACCCGCCUCGCCCUACAGCGUCUACCGGGACACGUGCAACUCGAGCCUAGCCAGCCUCCGGCUCAAGUCUAAGCAACACUCGUCGUUCGGCUACGGCGGCCUGCAAGGCCCGGCCUCGGGCCUCAACGCGUGCCA